GACCGAUCGCAUCGGAAAUGGAAAACGAGGCCAGCGGUUGACGACUAGCAUGUCCCUCCACCAUCGCCAGUCCGUCUUGUUACGAGGCCGCGUUAGCCCGCACAUGCUUGUACCCGUUAGAUGUGCAUGCGUGAUAUGCUUAGUAUUCUCGUCUUUUGCCACAUGAUACAGAUCGCAUCUUCGGCAUGCGGCUAGCUACCUUUUCGGAGAAGGCAGGAAACGGCAUCGCUGCAUUUCAAAAGGACAGGCUCUAAGACCCUCUAAAUAGUUCCUCCGAGGUGUUGCUUUCCUACACCUUCCACAUUGUUUCUUUGCAAUUAACCUUCCGGCCCUUCGACAUGACACCCUACCUAGGAGACCACUCACCCACCGAGAGUAGUGAUGUCAACGGGACUACACAUGCAUAUACUUUGCUUGAUGGUGCCCGAUCAGCCCUAGAACAACUGCUGGUCAAGGCAAAGGAACAUUUGCCCACAGAAUGUCUAUCUCAUGUAGCAAAAGUUGGCUUCUCUACCGCCAACACUGGAAGCCCCUACUUUCCCAGCCCGCUCAAGCAAACAGAAGCCAUAUCAGCACUCAAAGCCGUCGAGUCAGGAAUUGCUUCGGCAAUAGCUGAUCUCUCAGAUGGUCCGAAAACGCGGGAUAUCAACGUCGACAUGGAGAGGGCCACAGCGUUCCUGUUUUCCACGUACUUGGCCACCGUCGGGGGGUUAGACAAGUCGAAUCCUAAAGUCAAGAAGUUGCUGAAAGACACCGACCUUCUGCAAGCACAGUCAAUUCUGUAUCGAAGACUAUCAGCCAACCUCUACGAAACAAAAAAUCCGGGAGAGUACUUCCACUUGCAUGGGUCCCUGGAGGCGACAAAAGCCUUGAACAUGAUUGGCCUAGAAGGUCACCGGCCAGACCUCACUGAGUACCAUGAGUGCAUCAAGAUCAUCGAAGACCACGUCAAACAGUACUCUGCCGACCAGCUUGAGGAGAUGAAUUGGAAGAUCAAGCAAGCAGGCGUCACAUGCUUGAAAUGGGAAGACUUCAAACUCACACAACAUGGGCAAGAGCUCGUCGAACAGCCACCUUGGAAGGUCGAAGCACUUGAGACCGAGACACCGCCAGUCCCCUUCCCGUGCAAAGCCUCCCGUGCGCCAAAACCACAAGUCCUCGCUGGAAUUCGGGUACUUGAACUCUGCAGGAUCAUCGCAGGCCCAGCUAUGGGCCGUGGACUGGCUGAGUACGGCGCGGAAGUCAUCAAAGUCACUGCGCCAAAUCUCUCAGAUGUGCCCUUCUUCCAAGUUGACGCCAACAUCGGGAAACACACCACAGAUCUCAACCUGAAGGAUUCGAACGAUCGCAAAAUCUUUGAAGAGCUACUCCAAUCGGCAGACGUUGUUCUGGACGGAUAUCGACCCGGCAGUCUGAACCGUCUCGGUUACGGUCCGCGGCAACUUCUUGAGAUUGGUAAGCAGCGUGGACGUGGCUUCGUCUACGUUGCCGAGAAUUGUUUCGGGCAUACCGGGCCGUGGUCAUCACGACCAGGCUGGCAACAGAUUGCAGACUGCGUGACAGGGGUUGCAUGGGCUCAAGGCGAGGCUAUGGGUCUGGAAGAACCGGUUGUACCGCCAUUCCCCAUGAGCGACUACGGAACCGGCUGCAUGGGCACUAUCGCCGCACUUGUCGGCCUGUAUAAGCGCGCGAAAUCCGGAGGCAGCUAUCUGGGAACCACGUCGUUGGUCCAGUACGACAUUUACCUACUUCAGCUCGGACUGUAUGACGACAAGAUGAUGACGGAGCUAAGGAAACAACACGACACAGAGUUCUUUGGACUCCGACACCACGACUCAGUCGAUGAAGUGGGUAAGCGAGCAUUGAAAACGAUGAGGAGGACGCACCCCGAGCUGUUUGACGAGAAGCACAUGCAGGGAUGCUUCAGCAAGGGGUUCGAUGCGGACGUCCGAACAAUUAAGCCGGUGGUAAGCAUCGAAGGGUACUGGAACGGUUUCUUGCGCAGCUCAAGACCUAAUGGGUUCGACAAGCCAACCUGGGGGGACUGGGAGGUUGACGAAGACAUGUUGAAAGAGUAAUGUAAUGUCACGAGUUUGAAUGAGGUUCAUAUUUCUGCCGCGUUGUAUUUCCACAUACCCCAUACACAUAGUCACAUUUCAGUCAUGAAAGUUACUCUCUUCUUUG